AUGACAACUUAUUUUGGAGUUACCUCAGCAGUGUUUUCAGUCUGGGUUAUGACAUUCAUGACUCAAAAUUACUUUAUAACAGGUUCCACACUUCCACCUUGCAGGAUCACAGGUGUAGGUCUUUAUCUUGAGGAGAAAGUGAAUUUCUCAGAAGCAAGUACUGCAUGCAAUCAAUUGAAUCUACAACUGGCAAGUAAAGACCAGGUUGAAAAGGCUUUGAAACAUGGCUUUGAAACAUGCAGCUACGGAUGGGUGAAAGAUGGAUUGGUUGUAAUUCCUCGGCUAAUAUCCAACAAGAAAUGUGGUAAGGGCAAUGUUGGACUGGUGCCAUGGCAUGCUGAACACUUUAAAACAUUUAUGGUUUACUGCUUCAAUUCUUCAGAUGUUCAAAUUAAUUCAUGUAUACCAGAUCCAACUACAAGUAGACCAUCAUCAAGUGCACCAACGGACUUAACUGCCUCUUCAGGCUCAGGUUUAACUGAAAACAUCACAGGAGUGCCUAACGCAACUGAGACGGAACGAGCCUUGAAAAAUGUGAAAUUUCGGGUGAUAUGUGUAACUGAAACAAUAUUACCAACAGAGGGGACUACUACAAAAAUGCCAGAGGAAUACUCACCAAUUGACUCUCCUAACUACACUUCCCGUGCUGGCUUUAAGAACGAUGGCGUUGUCUUUGGAGGUAUCCCCACAGCACUCCUUGUACUGGCAGUCAUCUUCUUCAUUAUUUCAGUUGUUCUAGCAGUCUGCUAUAUCAAAAAGUACAAGACAACCUUCCCAUUUUCAUACAAGAAUCAGAAAAAAGAAAUGGUUGAAACUACAGCUCUCAAAGAGGCUGAGUCAAAUGACAAGACACCUGAGAAGGAAACAAAGAAUAAUGGAAAAAAGGUAGAAGAGUCUAAAUCCAAGCCUGAGGCCACAGUAAAAUGUUUAGAAGCAGAAGUUUAAGACGAAGAACGUACACUUCUUUUUAGAAAUACAUAAAGCAAAGCACAAAACUUAGCAAU